AAUAACAACAACAAAUCUAGACAUGCUGUUGUGGUGACUGCAACCUAGGUUUAAGGUGCCAUUUGGUCAUUAGCUUAUAUAUCUGAGUUUGGUCAGGCUGGCUCUGCUUGCUACCUGGGAUCUUUUAAACCUUGUUUGAUAGGGACUAAACCUAGGACCUUCUGUGUGUGCGAAUCAUGUAUGUGCUCUGCAGCUUGUCUUGCAUCCAUGUGGGACAAGCAGGUCAUAAUGCUUUGUCCUCAGUUGCCUGUGGCUGUAGCCUGUGAUAAGAGUGUACAGGCGGCACUGACCCACCAAUGGGAGUUUUCAUCCCUUGUUCCAGACCACUUUGUAACUUGGUCUGCCACUUCUGUGCUCAGUUGCCCCUAGCGUGCGCCACUAAGGAUCCCGAGAGCCACGUGAGCCGCUUGCCCACGACUCCCAUCGCUUGGGAAUAAUUGCUGUAUUUUUGUGGUCAUUCUGCAUGUAGAUGCCAGAAUUCCCUAAGGAACAGUAGGUAGUUGUUGGAGCAAGCCAGUUCCAAGCAUGCCUUCCUUUCUGGUGGCCUCAUAGAACAUUGUUCUCAUAUUGGUGUGAGAGAAAUUGUUUCCUUCUCUCUUUGUCUUGCUCUUCUGCAAUCUCUGUUGGAAGCACAGUCCCCCUAUUGCAGGGAUGGAAAACCUCAAUCCCGGGGCCCUUGGGACUCUUCCCAGACCAGGGGUCAGCAAACUUUUUCAGCAGGGGGCCGGUCCACUGUCCCUCAGACCUUGUGGGGGGCCGGACUAUAUUUUGGGGGGGGAAAUGAACAAAUUUCUAUACCCCACAAAUAACCCAGAGAUGGAUUUUAAAUAAAAGGACACAUUCUACUCAUGUAGAAACACCAGGCAGGCCCCACAAAUAACCCAGAGAUGGAUUUUAAAUAAAAGGACACAUUCUACUCAUGUAAAAACAUGCUGAUUCCUGGACCGUCCGCGGGCCGGAUUUAGAAGGCGAUUGGGCCGCAUCCGGCCCCCGGGCCUUAGUUUGGAGACCCUGUCCCAGACCAUGCCACUGCUCUGCACCCUAUUCAAGGGCUUUUCCCUGGUUGGAAUGUACCAUUUAACUGUGGCAAUGCUUCUUGCCUAGCUGAAUAUAGAACGGUGUGCAGGAAUCUCUGGUUCUUGUGUGGCUGGACUCUCACCUACUAUAUAACGCAUUUGGCCCUCCAGAGGUUGUUAGACUUUGGUUCUCAUCAGCCCCGGUCAGCACACCUAUGGUUAGGGAAUUGUAAUUCAGUAGCAUCUAGGGGUCAAAACGUCUCCCCAUCCCUGAUAUAAUGUUAACAGUUGCAUGUGUUGCUCUGCCCAUAUCUUCCUCUGGCCCUGCACAUGUGGCCCCUGGAAGGUUGUCUGUGAGGGAAUGUGGCCCUUGAACUGCAAAAGUUUUCUCGCUCUCAUCUCUACUGCAAGAAAAAAAUAUCAAUAUUCAGUUCUGUUGUUUCUGUUCCCCUGCAAUCACCUAGUAUAAAAUAUGGCCAUGCUUCAGCCCAUGAAGUACCAGGGCCCCUUUACUCUCCCAAGCAGUUUUUUUUGAAACAGGAGGAAGGGGAGACUGAUGAAAAACACUGGCCCACCCCCGCCCUCCCACUGGCCACAGUGUCUUGUUAAGUCAUGGGGGGGAAUUGUCAUUUCUAAUAGAACCCAUCGUUUAGUUGGAUUUCUUUGUACAGUAUCUGAUUUGGUCAGCAUUGGCCUCUGUGAAUAAUAACCUGCUAAUGAACUUAGGAAGUCAGGUCAUUAGCUCAUCCAGAUCAGUACUGUCUACACUGACAGGCAGCAGCUUUCCAGGGUUUCUGGCAAGGGAGCCUUUUCCCAGCACAACCUGGAAAUGACAGGGAUUGAAGCUGGUGCCCCUGAACUAUGGUCCUCCUCUCAAACUUAAUAGGUGUAGGUUUUAUGAAAUGUAUGCUGUCUCUUGCGUUUGUAGGCGUUCUUGGUUAAAUGCAUCUGCCAGGAUGCAAAUUUCCAGAGUGUUUGUGCCACUGUUUUUAGGCAGGGCAGCGCAGAUUUAUGAGGACCUCCUCUUGCCAUUUUAUAAAGCAUUCUUGUUGAAAGCUAGUGUGGUCUUCGGGCCAGAAUCUGAGCCCGGGGACCAAGAAAGACCCUGGUUCAACUCUCACUUCAAACUCUGAUCUUGCGAGGACCGACUCCCUGGUGACCAGCUCUGAGGGUUGCAGGAUGCAACUCAGCUGGAGAAUGUCGCUGCCCUGCUCUGAGAUGCCAACUUGUCAAAGUUCCCUUUUCCUUUUCCUUUUUUUUUUUUUUUGCAACACCAACCUGUAACUUUCCAUUGGUCAUGGAAACUUUCCUUGAGGAGAUGGGUUUUUAUCAAAGGCUUUUUCACCCAAAGCUGAGAACAAGCUCGGAACUCUCCCCUUUAAGAACUGACGAGUGUCUGAGGGAUUUGAGGAGUGGGCUCUGCACCUGGGAGAUGCGAGUCCUCAUGAGCUGAUGGUUUUAAGAAGGCAAAUUGUACCGGGAGGUGGGGCAGAACUGGGAGAAGGAAUAUUUGACCCCUUGACUUAAGGGAUCAGCGGUUGGUUCUUCCAUGUUAAUCACAAAAGGGGAUGUGUUGGCAAAUUGUGGCUGGGCCAUCUGCUUGCCCGUUUCCUUAAAGAUAAAAAAACACUUUUUCUUCUCUCCACUCCACAGAGUUCUACCUUGUAAAUACUGUUAUUUGUAUAUACUGUAAAUGAUGACAUCGGUGGGCACUAACCGAGCCCGGGGAAGCUGGGAGCAGACGCAGAACCAGGCACAGCACAAACAGAGGCCACAGGCCACUGCAGAGCAAAUCCGACUUGCACAGAUGAUAUCCGACCACAACGAUGCUGACUUUGAGGAGAAAGUGAAACAACUGAUCGACAUCACGGGCAAGAACCAGGAUGAGUGUGUCAUCGCCUUGCACGACUGCAAUGGGGAUGUCAACAGAGCCAUCAAUGUGCUGUUGGAAGGCAACCCGGACACGCACUCCUGGGAGAUGGUUGGGAAGAAGAAGGGGGUUUCAGGACAGAAAGACAGCGGGCAGACGGAACCCAGCGAAGAAAGCAAAGAGAACCGAGAGAGGGAGCGGGACUUCAGCCGGCGACGAGGCGGAUUGCCAAGAAGGGGCCGAGGGACGAGCCGCGGAAGAGAGUUUCGGGGCCAGGAGAAUGGACUGGACAGUGGCAAGACAGCCGGCCCCACUGGAAGAGGCACAGAGAGAGGGCGACGAGGCCGCGGGCGAGGCAGAGGUGGAUCUGGAAGGCGGGGAGGAAGGUUUUCAGCCCAAGGCAUGGGAACCUUCAACCCCGCGGACUACGCUGAGCCCACGAGCACGGAAGAAGGCUAUGGGAAUAGUAACAGCAAUACAUGGAACAGCACCGGGAGCUUUGAGCCGGACGACGGCACGAGAGUUGAUUACAUUAGGGGUGAGGGGUCAAAUUAUCCCCGAAAAUUUGACACUGCUCCUGGUACGAGAAAUCCAGGUGCGUGGAGGACGGCAACGGAGGAAUGGGGGACCGAGGACUGGAAUGAAGAUCUUUCAGAGACCAAGAUCUUCACUGCCUCCAACGUCUCCUCUGUGCCUCUGCCUGCGGAAAACGUGACCAUCACGGCUGGACAGAGAAUCGACCUUGCUGUGCUGCUAGGAAAGACCCCUUCUUCUCUGGAGAAUGAGUCGCCCAACCUGGAUUCCUCGCAGGCGCCUGCCCUCAGCCAGCCGCUGGUGUUCAGCAAUUCCAAGCAGGCUCCUAUAUCCCAGCCGAGUUCGGGGAACACCUUCCCGCACCAUGGCAUGGUCGGCAUGCUGGGGAAGGGGUUCAGUGACGUCGGCGAGGCCAAAAGCGGCAGUGGUGGCGGAGGCACCGCAGUCGCCGCCUCCGCUGCCACCACCACCACCGGUUCGCAGUUCCUGGAGCAGUUCAAGACCGCCCAGGCGUUGGCUCAGCUGGCAGCUCAGCAUCCUCAGCCAUCCGGGAGCAGCAGCGCGACCACGUCCUGGGACAGCAGCACCACGAGCCACUCGUCUCUCGUGCAGUACGAUUUGAAGAACCCGUCGGAAUCCGCUGUGCACAGCCCGUUUGCCAAGCGCCAGGCCUUCCCGCCCACCUCUGCCAUGAUGGAAGUGUUCCUGCAGGAUAAGCAGCCUGUGGUGACAUCGUCCGUCACAGCCCCGCCGCCUCCCUCGUCCCCCCUGGCCAGCAAAACCAACCCCGUCCCCCAGAUGUCUCCGGGCUCCUCAGACAACCAGUCCUCCAGCCCCCAGCCAGCCCAGCAGAAGAUGAAGCAGCAGAAGAAGAAAGCGUCCUUGACAUCAAAGAUUCCCGCUCUGGCAGUGGAGAUGCCCGGCUCUGCGGAUAUCUCAGGGCUCAACUUGCAGUUCGGGGCGUUGCAGUUCGGUUCAGAGCCUGUCCUCUCGGAGUAUGACUCUGCCCCCGUGACAAGCGCCUCCGUCAGCCAGCCUCCGAGCAGCCUGUACACGAGUACUGCAAGUGAGUCUCUGUCCACGAUUUCGUCCAAUAAGAGCCAGGAGCCGGGUUACCAGAGCGGCACCAUGCCUACAGCAACAUAUACCUCCCAGAACAGCGCUCAGGGACCACUGUACGAGCAGAGAUCCACUCAGACCCGGCGGUACCCAAACUCCAUUUCCUCCUCGCCCCAAAAAGACUUGACCCAGGCCAAGAACGGCUUCAGCUCGGUGCCGCCCACGCAGCUGCAGACCACGCAGACAGCCGAAGGUUCCGCAGGCCCCGCUGUGAAAUCGGACUCCCCCUCUGCCCCCAGCAUCGCGACCCCUCUCAACGACACACUGUCUGCAGCAUCCUUGCUUACCACGGCCCCCCAGCACUCUUCAGUGCUCAGUAGCCUGAACCACACGGAGGAGCUCCCCAGCACGGCCACCACGCAACACAGCAGCACGUUACCCACCCCUCAGAACAGCCUCUCCUCAUCAACUUCUGCUGGCCGCACGUCAACUUCCACUCUCUUGCACACCAGUGUGGAGAGCGACGCCGGGCUCCAUUCUUCCGCAAGCACUUUCUCCACCUCCUCCAGCACCGUCUCGGUUGCGCCCCCCGUGGUCAGCGCCUCCUCGAGCCUGAGUAGCGUCAGCAGCCUGGGCCUGAGCCUCAGCGGCAACUCUACGGUGACCGCCACGACCCGCAGCUCUGUUGCUACGACGUCAGGGAAGGCUCCACCCAACCUGCCUCCAGGUGUGCCGCCAUUGCUGCCGAACCCGUACAUCAUGGCUCCAGGGCUCCUGCACGCCUACCCGGUUUAUGGCUACGACGACCUACAGAUGCUUCAGACGAGAUUCCCCUUGGACUACUACAGCAUCCCGUUCCCCACACAGACCACCCCGCUUACUGGAAGAGAUGCCAGCUUGAGCAGCAAUCCUUACUCUGGUGACCUUACGAAGUUUGGCCGCGGUGACGCCUCUUCCCCCGCGCCGGCCACCACCCUGGCCCAGCCGCAGCAGAACCAGACUCAGACGCACCACACCACCCAGCAGACGUUCCUGAACCCGGCCCUGCCUCCCGGCUACAGCUACACCAGCCUGCCCUACUACACCGGAGUCCCGGGGCUGCCCAGCACCUUCCAGUAUGGGCCAGCUGUGUUCCCCGUGGCUCCCACUUCUUCCAAGCAGCACAGCGUCAACGUCAGCAUGAACGCCUCGGCCACCCCCUUCCAGCAGCCCAGUGGCUACGGCUCCCAUGGAUACAACACUGGUGUGUCAGUAACAUCCAGUAACACAGGAGUACCAGACAUCUCUGGUUCUGUUUACUCCAAAACGCAGCAGUCGUUCGAGAAGCAGGGAUUCCACACCGGAACCCCCACGGCCUCCUUCAACCUGCCGUCAGCGCUGGGCAGUGGCGGCCCCAUCAACCCUGCCACCGCCGCAGCAUAUCCGCCGGCCCCGUUCAUGCACAUCCUGACCCCUCAUCAGCAGCCGCACUCCCAGAUCUUGCACCACCACCUGCAGCAGGAUGGGCAGUCGAUUUUGUACUUCCAACGCCAGCAGGAAGACCAGGUAACGAACCUCUUGGAAAGGGGUGAUCGCUUGCGCCCAUCCUGCUGCGCCCUGGUGGCCGUGGUCAGUCUUUGCUGUAGGCUAGGGAGCUGCAGGGAAGCUUGCAUUCCAUUCCUCCUGUGUGUGUGCCAGCCUCCCAUCAUUCCUCCCUGCCUGUUGACCGGAGGCUCCUGGGAGUCUAGCAGAACCUGGAAAAGGCCGCCAGUUCCCCCAGCUCUGCCCCAGACAGCUGUGGGCAUAAAAACACAACCACACACACAAAACAUGCACAGGGCGACAGACCCACAUGCCGUAGAAAUCUUCUUUCCCUGCUCCUCCCUCUGUCCUGGGGCUGGUCGAUGGUGAACCAGCCUUGCGCAUCCUCCCUAGGGAGAACGGAGCAAAGGCAGGACGUGUUGGAAGUGAGGCAGCACGUCGUGAGCAGAAUCGGAGAGUUUGAAGGGACUCCAAGGGUCAUCUAGUCCAGCCCCCACAGCCACAGUUAAAGGAAUUCCCGGAAGAUGGCUGGGCAACCUCUGCCUAGAAGCCUCCAACAAAAGUUCCAAGCUGUUCCACCAUCAAACAGCUCUUACCUCCAGGAACGAGGCUGUCCAACUGAGUUCCCUCCGGAUGACGCUGGUUGGCAGCGCCCAUCAUCCCUGAGCGUUGUUCUGGGGUGCUGGUGGGAAUUGCAGUCCCGCAGCAUCUAAAGGGCACCACGUUGGCUAUCCCUGGUGAUGAGCUUUAACCGUGCGCUGAUACCGUGCACUGUGUUAAGAAGCACUUGCUCCCUCUACCAUAUUGUGUCUUGUGCAAUGUGGAUUCCCCGCCACAGAAUACUGGGAUCCAAGUCAGCUUGAUGAAUAGAAUAAAAUUAAAUUAAAAGUUGUCCAGCUUAGGUCUCCCACCUCAGAUCUGAAAGGCCAAACACAGAUAAGCUGCAGGUGCCGUUACGCUAAGCAGGCAGAGUUGUCCAAACUAUCGGCUAUGAUUUGAUAUCUAACAGCAGCUGUUGGGGUCCUGCCCCACCAAGUCAUAAACACUCCACGUCAGAUUUUGCAACUAGAAUUGGAGUACCUUGCUUUCCCAGUCUACCCAACGGCACAGUAGGAUUUGGGACAACACAGGGAGUGUUUGUGGCAGUUUGCUAUGGUCCUUGGCCAUUGGUGGCACAGUCCAGGCUCUUUCCUCAGAGUAGAGGGAGGGAAGAUCUACUGAUAAGUUGCCACUUGCCAUGGAAUUGGCAAAGUUUUCUGACUUCCCCUCGUUUGGCAGCAGUGGGAGCAGAAGGUUCUUUCCAAACCCUGAAUUGGCAGUUCUCAAAUGCAGAGAUUUACUUGUUUACACAGGUCAUCCCCAUGCAUGUCUCCUGGAGUAUGCUUGGCUUCACACACACCCCCACCCAAAACUGGCAUUUUGUGCAUCUCUCCACACCCACCCUGUGCUGCACUUGGCUCUGGCUGGUGGACUAACAAAAGCCCGAUCAAAACCCCCAAAGCCCUCCCUGGCCUUGCUCUGGAGCCAGGCUGCGAGACACUUGUGGGGUCCUCCAGAUGUUGCUGGACUACAACUCCCAUCAUCCCUGACUUAUUUGCCUUGCUGGCUGGUGGGAGCUGCAGUCUAAUGUUUUGGGUCUGCAGCUGGUUUUUUUUUUUUUGACUACAACUCCCAUCAUCCCUAGCUAGCGAGACCAGCGGUCAGGGAUGAUGGGAAUUGUAGUCUGAAAAGAGCUGGAAACCCAAGUUGGGGAAACACUGAUCUAGAGGCACCCAGGGUUUUACGCAUUCCUGUUGCUGGCAAGAGAAGCAACCUCUUUUCUUGAGUUGCUUUACUCAUUUCACAUGUUGAUGGGUUGCUGGAGCCUGUUUCAUGCCUCCAAAUAAGGCCUGGGGAGCUGAGCUAGCAGCUAGUCGAGCCUCGCUCACCUUCUUUCUCUCUCCCCCCCCCUUCUUCCCCUGCUUUCCU